AUUUUUCUUUGUUAAAAAAUGGUUUUGAUUUUUCGGUUUUUGUUUUUUUGUGCGAUUCUGAUUUCUAUCUAUGUGGGUAUCUGUAUUACGAUUACUUUCGGUUUACCAGUGUGUUGUAAAUGUUUUUUAUGAUUUUCAUUUCCAUCGCUUUAAGAGACCUUGGGUUUUGCACUGCAGGUCGAAAUGUUGAAAAUCUUGUUAUGCAUAGUGUGCUUAGCUUUAUUUGCAAAGUAGAUGUAAGUCCCAAUACAUAUCUCCUACACCAAGAGCUGCUUAACUUCAUGCUCGUAGCCAUGUCAACUCAGCUUCUUUCUGGGCCAUCACCAGGACCCAAGGAUAUUCACCCAUUCAUUGAUAUGGCAAUGGUCCAGGAAAGCUCUUUUGUUGGUUUGGUUGUUCGCAAACUGCUACUUAAUUACAUCAUGCGACCUCACUUCGCCUUAAAUACUACAUCUUAUGACAUGUUUUCUGAAGGAAAUCAGUCCGGUGUUUUACAGAGAGUUGGUUCUGCAGCUGAUCCUUUGUUGGAGACACUGUGGAAUAUAUUAUCAUGUGUUCUCAGCUUUUGGCUUUGUCCACAAGAUUGCAACUUUUGAGAAGGCUGUAGGUUUUCAGGCAUUGAUCCAAUUCAGUGAUGUUGAGACUGCAGUUGCAGCAAGAGAUGCAUUGGAUGGAAGAAGCAUACCCAGGUACUUGCUUCCAGACCAUGUUGGUUCAUGCCACUUGCGCAUCUCAUAUUCGGCGCACACAGACUUGAAUAGUAAGUUCCAAUCACAUCGAAGCAGUGGAAAAAAUACAAGGCAAAUGAAGCUGGAAAUCAACAUUGCCACCACCUCCGUUGACUUGUUCCACCAUUGUUCUCUUUGGGGACCCAUUCGUUGCCCACCUACUGUGUGGUUCAAGCAG